UGGACGCAUGCAUUCCCUUUACUAUCACCAGAGCACGAUCGCAUGAACAAUAUAGGAUGAACUGUCAUGUUACCUGCAUAAAGGCGCAGCGGGCUGUGUGAACAGCUUUUUCGACUCACAGGACAGGCAAAAGUAACUAUUUAUGAGAGGGUAUUCUUCAAUAAAUAAAUGGGAUUAAGGGUCAAAAUAGCCUACUGCGGCAGGAGAUUAAACAAAUGCGGGAUCUUGACAUUAGUGAAAGUAAAGCAGGUAAUCUGAAUUUGGAUUAGAUCGACUCCUAGGAUCAGGUAGCUGCAUGUUAGGCUAUUAAAGAAUAUGAGAAGCCAACAACAACUACAUCUGAGUAUUUGAUCCUAAUGCAGGAUGUGUAGACCGGACAGCUGCGCCAGAGGAACAUUAAGGCUUGGUUUAAAAUAAGAGCGAAAAUGAUCCAAUCUGAAAUCAAGUUCAAACAACCGAAAGUUUUCUGGGUUUCGAAAGCGACUGUGAGUUUUGUGUCAUCUGUUUUUUGAGUCCUCCUGUGGUACUAACGGGUUUGGUCCUUAUCAUCAUGUCAAAAGUAAUCCAGAAGAAAAACCACUGGAUCACCAAAAUGACCGAGUGCGCGAUGAUUCGGGACGCUCGCGGGGAAUUGAAUGUAGAGCUGCGCGGUGGUGCGGAGAACGGAGAGUUUCCCUACAUCGGGGAAGUCAGAGAGGAUGUGUUGGUUCAUAAAAACGGACAAAUGUCAGAGGGGGAGUUACUGUUGGAAGUUGAGGGUCACUCGGUGUCUGGAUUACCCCUCUAUGACAUCUGGACUCUAAUGAAGAGUUGCAAGGGUCCCCUCAGGUUGAAAACUGUCCGACAAGGUAACAAACUGAACAAGGACCUGAAGCACUACCUGAGCCUGAAGUUUCAGAAAUACUCUCUUGACCAUGAGCUCCAACAGACCAUCAGAGCUAACCUCUACCGCCACGCUGUGCCUUGUGAGUACAUCAUCUUCAGCCUCGUCUUCCUCCUCCUAAAACUCCUCAACAUUCACACAACAUUCCUUUGCCUUCUCUUUCAUCCCCACCUCAUCUUUCCCUCUUCUUCCUCAUACGAUUCCUCCGCAUUCUCUCUGAGUCUCCUCCUGCUCCUAUUCCUUCUCCACCUCCGCCGCAUCCUCUCGGUCCACCCAUAA